AUGAUGACAUCCAAAGAAGCGGCCAAAUGUGAUGCGGGGGAGAACAGGCGACGAAGCCCGCUGGACCACUUGCCGCCCCCCGCCAACUCCAACAAGCCGCUGACCCCCUUCAGCAUCGAGGACAUCCUCAACAAGCCCUCUGUCAAGCGAAGUUACACCAUUUGUGGCUCUGCUCACCUCAUUUCGUCCACUGAGAAGCACCGCGCCUCCAGCCUGCCGCUGUCCAGUCGGGCUCUGCUCACCCAAACCUCGCCGCUUUGCGCCCUCGAGGAGCUGGCCAGCAAAACCUUUAAGGGGCUGGAAGUCAGCGUGCUACAGGCAGCAGAAGGCCGGGACGGCAUGACCCUGUUCGGCCAGAGAACCACCCCGAAAAAGCGAAGGAAGUCCCGCACGGCCUUCACCAACCAUCAAAUCUACGAGCUGGAAAAGCGCUUCCUGUAUCAGAAGUACUUGUCCCCGGCCGACCGGGACCAGAUCGCCCAGCAGCUCGGCCUGACCAACGCGCAGGUCAUCACGUGGUUUCAGAACCGCAGGGCCAAGCUAAAGCGGGACCUGGAGGAGAUGAAGGCGGACGUGGAGUCGGCGAAGGCCAUCGGCCAGGUGCCCCUGGACAAGCUGGCCAAACUGGCCGACCUGGAGAAAUGCGCCAAUGGCACGCUUGGCCAUCCGCGAGUGGAGUCCCCCGUGCGGGGAGGCCAGCAGCAGGAGCACGAUCUCGGCCAGAAACUGAGGAGCUCCCCGCUGUCGCCCUUCUCAGACCACACAACGAGCAAAGAGUGCUCCGAGGACGACGACGUGGAGAUUGACGUGGAUGACUGA